AUGGCUCGAAGCAGAAGCCGAAGUCGCGAACGACAAUCCACAAGACGGCGAGAUCAUUCAAGAUCUCGAUCUAGAAGCAGAUCGAGAUCAGCUGAAAGACGACGAGAACGAGAGAGACGCAGAGAUAAAUCGAAUCGCGAUAGAAGUAGAAGUCCGCGAGAGAGACGAGAGAAAGAGAGAAGUCGGAGUCCGAGAGGAGAAAGAAGCGAGAGAAAUGAGAGAUCAGGAGAUAGAAAAGAGACGCAGAGGAAAAAAGAGGAAAAGAAGGAAAGAAAGGAAAAAGAUAAAGAAAAAGAGAAGAAGUAUCCAAAACAGAAUCGUGAGUUGUUUUUUAGAGUUUUCAUAAAGAAAUACAUGAAAAUCUGCUAUUUUCCCAAUUUUAAUUUUUUUUCAGAAGAAAUUCACUUAGAAGAUCUACAACAACAAUCUGAGGAGGAUAUGAUGAAGGCGAUGGGAUUUGGUGGAUUUGAGACUACUAAAAAUAAACAGGUAUUUAUGGGGGUUAAUGGAGAAAUAAAAGCCACGUGGCAGUUUUUCCGCUGAAAUUUAUUUCCAUGUGGAUGAUUAAGAAUUGUUCUACCAUUAAAAUUAAAAUUCAUUAAAAAUAUGAAUUGGAAAUUUUUACAUUUUGAUGAAAGUUUAUGAAAAAGUCAAAAUUACCUAUUUUUAUGUAAUUUCCAGUCAAAUCAUUCUGUUUGCAGGUCGAAGACAAUGUUGAUGGAUGUGUUAAUAUCAAAAAACCACGUCGUUAUCGUCAAUAUAUGAACAGAAAAGGAGGAUUUAACAGACCACUCGAUUAUAUGGGAUAA